UAAAACUGCAAUCGUAGUACUCUCUGGCAUAGUCUACUUUGAUAGCUCUAACCAAACAUUUCAACAUGUUCAAACUGUCUGCUGCCCUUUUCGUGUUCUGCGCUGUGCUCGCCUGCAGCCUGGCUGAGGCGAAGCCUGCGGUGCUUGUGGAUGCGGCUCCUGCUGUUGUCACUGCCACCAGCUCGCAGUAUGUGGCACGCAAUUUCAAUGGCAUCGCUGCCGCGCCCAUUGUUGCCGCCGCCGCCGCUCCCGUUGCCGCCGCCUACACCGCCCCGAUUGCUGCUGCUCCCGUUGCCAGCGCCGCCUAUACCACGCCCCUUGCUUCAGUCGCCUAUACCGCGCCCUACACCGCCGCCUACACCGCUGCCGCUGCCUAUCCCUAUGCCGCCUACCCCUAUGCUGCUGCCUACUCCGCAUAUCCUUAUGCCGCCUACUACCGUUAAGCAUGGAUGACGACUUGACAAUUUGAUCUGGAUCCUCGGCUCACGCAAUUUAUAUUUCCUCGAGCAAUCCUUAGACUCCCCUUUUACUCGGUUUUUGUUUCACCUUUUUGGUUUCCCGUCUUUUGAGUUUAUAGUAUUAUUUAAUGAUGGUUAGAGUGGAAAUAUUAUUGUUGGAUUAAAUGCAUUUUGCGUAAAACGUAACA